AUGUACGACCAGGAACACCCCGCGUACUCAAAACUAGCAGCCAUCGGGCGGGAGAUCACGACCAAGGUGAAGCCGCGCGCGGUGGUGGUGUUUUCUGCCCAUUGGCAGGCGGGGAGGGAUACGAUUCAGGUGAAUACGGCUGAGAUGACGGAUUUGAUUUAUGAUUUCUACGGCUUCCCGUCUCAUUACUACAAGGAGACGUUCCCUAAUGUGGGCAGCCAGGAAGUAUCCAGUAAAGUACUGGGGUUGCUGAACAAGGCCGGGAUCAAGGCCGAGGGGGUGAAGCGGGGGUUGGACCACGGGGUGUGGGCGAGCUUCAAGUGCGCGUUCGAACCCGAGUCGAACCCGCUCAACGUGCCCAUCGUGCAGGUGUCGCUGUUCGGUACAGAGGACCCAGUGCAGCACUACCGACUCGGCGAGGCGGUGUCAUCCCUCCGCGACGAUAAUAUCCUGAUCAUCGUAUCCGGCAUGGCGGUGCACAAUCUGCGCGAUAUGAUGCGCGCGUUCGGCAGUCCCAAGCCCAUGCCGUACACGACUAGCUUCGACGAGGCGCUAAAAGACGCAGCCACAAAGCCGCCGGCGGAGCGAGAGCAGGCCAUGGCGCAGCUGCUGAAGCGCGGCGAUGCCCGCCAGGCGCAUCCGUCUUUCGAGCACUUGCUUCCGAUUCAUAUCGGGGCGGGGGCCGCGGGCGAGGACCUGGGUCGGAGACUGUGGACGUAUAAGGAUGGGAGUAUGAGCUGGGCGCAGUAUCGGUUUGGCGAUGUGGCGGGUGGGAGUAGCUCGCUGUGA